GCUAUCAAUUACCGUGGUUGUACUGAUAAUGUAAUACCUCGAUAACGAAUAAGGCAGUACCAUACAAACCGCCAGAAUGUGCGCGUGUCGUCAGAAAAAGUCCUUUUUAAUAGAAGAUAUUUUACAAGACUCUACGAAAAAGAAACCGUACAAAAACUUAACCCAUGAACACACUGAGCCGCUGAUAUGUAACACCAAAUUUGAGACACCAAAAAAUGUACCAGAAAAAGCAAGAAACGCAACAGACGAUAAAGUGACAAAAUUUAAUGUAACAUAUGAAGUUCAAAGGGAAGUUCAGUUGAACAAAGUUAAUGUAGAAAACAGGAGAAACACUUACCCUUUAUAUCCAACACCAAUGAAAGUGAGCGUACCCUGGUCGCCGUAUAAAACAAAGGACCCAGUAGUAUACCCUAUGGAACACCGACCUCCAUUUAGUUAUUACAGCGAGCCAUUACUAAACACGGAACAAAUGUUGAGAAAUCAGCUAGCUGCUAAUAGAUUUGUGUCUCAUCCGUUUACGAUACGACAGACUUAUGGGCUUGAUAGAGUUUCUGGGUCGUGUUGCGGCCCGUGGUGGAGUAUAGGUGGGCGACGGAAAGGCGGGCAAGUCAGAUUCAGUGCAGCGCAGACGGGAGCUCUGGAGCGUAGGUUCAAUGCCAGCAAAUACCUCAGCCCUGACGAGAGGCGAGGGCUCGCUUCCACGCUACGGUUGAGCGACAGACAGGUGAAAACGUGGUUUCAAAAUAGAAGGGCCAAAUGGCGUAGAACAGCCCCAGAUUCGGCAGAUCCUGGAAGCCCUCCGACCGCUGACGAAGGAUCUGAUGAAGAAGUCCACAUCACCGAUGAGUAACAAGAAAAUUAAAAACCUAGUCAAGAAAAUCUAUAGCAAUUUCACUGAAACGUACAAUUGAAAUAUACUAAUUUAAAUAGGCGUUAUUGUG